AUGAUUGCGGCUGUGGUUCUAAAGGAAUUCUUACGUUUGACGUGCAAGGGUUGGAAGAUCGUUACAUUCGCCCUCAAUCAAUGGUUAAAUAAUAGUAAUUUCUCGUUAUUGAACAUUAACGAACAACUUACUGAACUAAAAGAUCGUAAAAUGUUCCAAGAAAUAUUUACCAAACCUAAAAACAUUAAGCUUGUUGAUAUCUUGUCAAAAUUAAAGGAUGCAGCAUCAAAUCCAAGUGACAAGAUGGAAUCAACAACUCAAGACUUGCUAGAAUAUCAUCAUCGUAUCUUGUUAAGAGAAGCGUACUACAAAAUUACGGGAACCGACCACUUUAGAAUAUCUCAAUAUUUCCGGUUUCGUAUAUCAUCUCGCAUAUUAUAUGCCUAUCAAUUGUAUGUCCAGAAAAUCUGUUCUCGAUCAGCGAUAGGUACGCAAGGAGCUUCACUGGUUUGGAAGAUUCAUGCACGUGUGAGGUUGAUGCGUGUUCCCUGGGAAAUGUCAUCGGCGCACCAUGAUUCGUUCUCUAAACGAAUCUCCAAACUUUGUUUACAUCCGGGUUAUAAGCAACGUGUGAGUAGUUCAUCUUUGCACCUCGUCGAUAAGAAGGGGAUCACGAUUGAAGAAUUACCCAGUGGGUUAUUUGGAUGCGCAGAAUCUAGCUAG